CGUGAUUAUCUGACGUCUUGGUUAACCUGUAAAUAAAUUCGAAACGCCGAUAAGCGCCGAAUCAGUGGUUCUAAGCGGAAUUUUCCUGUGCUCAUCAUCGACACUUCUCGCCGCGAUGGUUUUCGAUUCACGGCACGUACGUCGCGUCCGCAUGUGAGCUUGUUUUCGUUUGCCAACCAACGAAAAACGCAUGAUUACGCUGGGCGUCGUCAUCGCGUACAGUGCCACUUCCUGCGUAUCGAGGAAGUCGCCGAAAUCGAACGCAUCUGUCGAAAUUGACGCGUGAGAAGUAAAUUUCAAGUGAAUCAGUGUCUUAAAUAUUCUAUUUUAUUAAAUCAUGGGGCAAAGAAACUCGCGGACUGAUUUUGAGUGGGUGUACACUGAAGAACCGCACGCUUCAAGGCGGAAAAUAAUUCUAGAAAAAUAUCCACAAAUCAAGAAACUCUUUGGUUAUGAUCCGAAUUUCAAGUGGGUGGUGACACUGAUGGUCUCCAUACAGAUGAUAAUGAUGUUUGUCAUCAAAGACCAGUCAUGGCCUGUGUUAUUACUAGCGGCUUACAUGCUUGGAGGAGUAAUUAAUCACUCAUUAAUGCUGGCAAUUCAUGAAAUCGCACACAAUUUGGCCUUUGGACAUGCACGACCCAUGGCAAAUCGAUGGUUUGGUUUCUUUGCUAACCUCCCAAUAGGUGUACCAGCAUCUAUAAGUUUCAAAAAGUACCACUUGGAGCAUCACAGAUAUCAAGGUGAUGAGAAACGCGACACAGACAUCCCCACCUAUCUGGAAGCGAAAUUAUUCUGUACGACAUUUGGUAAAUUCAUCUGGGUAUGCCUCCAGCCGUUUUUCUACGCGUUUCGACCUCUGAUUGUCUAUCCGAAACCCCCGAUGAUGUUGGAAUACCUCAAUGCGGUCAUACAAUUCACUUUCGAUGGUUUAGUCUGGUAUUAUCUGGGUGGUAAAGUGUUGUGUUACCUAUGUUUCGGGUCUGUGAUGGCGAUGGGUUUGCAUCCGGUCGCUGGACACUUCAUCUCGGAGCAUUACAUGUUCAAACAUGGUUAUGAAACGUACAGCUACUACGGCCCGUUGAAUUGGAUCACAUUCAAUGUGGGCUAUCAUAAUGAACACCAUGACUUUCCGGCGGUGCCCGGCAGUCGUCUGCCGGAAGUGAAGCGAAUCGCCGCGGAGUUUUACGAUAAUCUACCGCAUCAUGAUUCUUGGUCGGCGGUGCUGUAUGAUUUUAUUAUGGAUCCAGAGGUGGGACCAUAUGCGAGGAUUAAACGGAAAGCAAAGGGUUUAGAUUAAUGAAUUAAAUUCAAGAUGUAUUUUUGCACUUGUGUGAUGUUUUACAUAUAUUUACAAACAGACGUGUUGUUAUUUAAAUAUGAAUGUUGUGAAUCUCUCGAGUGAAAAACAAGAUACGAUUCAGGAAAAA